AGAACGACUAGAGAUUCUGUUAGAGACUGUAACACCUCCCUCCGAUUUCACCUACCCUUCAAAUCUUCAAAGCCGGUCAUCGUCGUCUCUCUCAAAUCGCCGAGCACACAACAACCGUCAUCUCCAACCAAUUCAAUACCAAACCUCUUCGCGAAGCUUCGUUCCAGCCUCGACCUCAGGUUCAUAGCUAUGGGCUUGGCAUCGGCUAGUACCGCCCCAGAAGCUAUGCAAUUGUGUGUGUUUGAUUUGCGGAGGGGCCAAAACGAAGGGCAGGAGUUGGAUAAGAUACUCUUCUUCUAUCCUGCUGACUUGCCUUUCUCAGCUCAGUUCUCUGUGAUUGGGCUCAGUGAAGGACUCAUCACAUUCACCAGGAUCUUCUCUCCGGAGGCUGCUUGUGAGGCCAUAGAGGCAGACAGGCAUUCACACGUUUUUUACGAGGCCGAAUCCGAUAUCUGGAUGGUUAUGGUAGUGGAGAAGAGCAUGGAGUACGAAGCGAAAUGGAGAACCGAUGCAUUAAGAAAGGUUCUUAAGGAAGUGCAUUCUCUUUUUGUGAUGUUUCAUGGCUCUGUGAGAGCGAUGCUGGAUAGAGACCCGGGGGGAGUGCUAGCAAGAUCUCAUUUGUACCCUUUCGUCAUGGAUUAUCUUGGUGAUUUUCUUGUUGGGAAGAAACUACUGAUGCCAUCGUUCCGUGACUCGUUGAAGGAGCGUGGAACUGUGCAGAUGCUUACUGUAGGACGGGAGGCCGCAAUUGAAGUUCAGUCGCUUGUCAGGGUACUUGAACCUAGUACCGGGAACUUGCCUUGUCAUUCACUAAUCUUGUUUCAGGACUUGUUGGUAUCGACAACACUUUCUCCUGAUGACACUGUAAAUCUAUUUGCAUAUGCUGUUUCAAGGUUGACACCCCGUGCUUUGUCCUCUGGAGCGAGUUCCUGGUCCUAUUUACGCAAAGGGGCUACAUCUAAUGUUCCCUCAGGUUCUAUCUUGUCCCGUUCGGGUGCUGCUCUUGAACAGUAUCAUGGCUCACACAACAAUUCUUCUGCUGGAGACAACAGUUCUCGUAUCAUACGGCCAUUGAAGCAGGACAAGUGGUCCAAAGGGAAGGAUGGUUUUCUUGCGACUGAUAUUUGGGGUGCAGAGCCUAGUAUUGGGGUGUCUGCCGCUCCAACAGUAUUUCUCCAUCAGUCAGAGGAAAGGAUGUAUCUGUGUGCCCAUCAGCAUAAAAGCCUCACCUUAAUCUUUCUCAUUCCUGUUUCUUCAGUACUAAAUGGGGAGCAAGGUCUUUCUACAGUGAAGCAGCAAGUUCUUGAGAAUGUAUCCACAAAGCUGUUCAAAGUUGAAGAAAAACUAUCAAAAGGAUGGGGCGGUGAGAACGCGUAUCAUGUUAGUGGAUAUCGGUAUUUACUAGUGGAUGGAGACAGAAAUCUAUCCAGGGCUUCUCCACCAGGAAAGGUCACAACCCUUAGUAAGGAGUCCUUACUUGCCUUAAGUAAGGUUAGAGAAGAAGUUGAUAGAGAAAAGAGUAGAGCACUGUGGGAUAACGCUGGUCAUGAAAAAGAGUUGGAAGUUAGCAUCAGAGCGAAAAACAAUGCUUGGGUCAUAGCUCGGGUAACAAGAGGAAAGGAACUUUAUAUGGUUCUGGAAAAAGCCAAUGAAACCCUUCUUUACGCCUCUGAUGCUGUUGAGAAGUUCAGCAACAGGUACUGUGGUGGAGCUUUCUCGUUGAAUUAGGGAAAAUUUCAUGGAUUAUGAUAUACGUACAAACAUCAUAAACAUUGGACCAAGCAAUCUCAUAUUUCCUGCCUCUGCUCCCCCAAGUAAUGUCAGACUGCAUACUGUACAUUUCUGUGGAAUAACAGCUUCGAGAAUAAAUUAUCGAUUAUAAUCACUGGUACCUAUAUUUUUGUAUUGUUCAUUUAUAAGGUUCUGAUUAGUAUUAGCUUGAGUCGUCACAUGCUAGAGUUGAAAAUGAAGAGUAGGUGCUUAAGUUUCAGUUGUCAGUUGGGUUCUAAUGCUAUUAGCUCAUAAUCUGUAUGUUGUUGACUUGUUUCGGAAAAAAAAAGAGAAAGAUGCUGUUGUAACAUGAAAGGUGUUAAUGCCGUAUAAAAUUU